GCCAUGACGACGAAACGCAUUUACUUAUAAUUCGCUCGCAUAUCGAUUCCGCAAUGUCUCGGCUGACGUUUGUCUUGAUUUUGUGCAGUUUUCAAGCGUUUUCCCGAGUGAAUUGCAACACAAACCCAUUGGAAAAUAUGGAAAAAGAAAAAGUCGUGCCCGAGGUGAUCGACAAAGUGCCCGGCGAAGUGGCCGAAGUCGUUUUUCCUAGCGGAGUUAAAGCGGAAAUGGGAAAAACUUUGACACCGACACUUGUCAAAGACAAACCAACGGUUAAAUGGAAUGCAGAAAGUGACGUUUUGUACACUGUUUGCAUGACUGACCCAGACGCACCUAGCAGAUCGAAUCCUAAAUUCCGCGAAUGGCAUCAUUGGUUAGUUGGAAAUAUUCCUGGCAACGAUAUUUCAAAAGGUGAAAUUCUUACUGGGUAUGUAGGCGCAGGUCCGCCUAAAGGCAGCGGUUUGCAUCGCUACGUAAUUUUGGUUUUCAAACAGCCUAAAAAGAUUACUUUUGAUGAGCCCAGAAUUCCAAACACUUCAGGCGAUAAAAGGCCUAAAUUUUCUAUCAAACAAUUUGCACAGAAGUAUUCGUUGGAAGGCCCGAUUGCCGGCAACUUUUUCCAGGCCGAAUGGGACGAGUACGUACCCAUUUUGUAUAAGCAAUUGGGAUCCUAAUGAUGUUGUUAUUGUUAUUACUAUUAUUAUGAUUUAAAUAAAUAAUCUUCUUGUAUACUCAUUUGAACUUUAUUCAAAACUUUUUUGGAUAUUUGAAU